AUGACCGAUGCCUUCUCUCGACCGUACUCCACUGCAUCCAUCAUCUCACCACACGAUGCAUUGGAAGCGCUAGUCGCAAAAGAUAGGAUGGAUAUGGGGACGUAUCCACCUUCACCGGAUGAACUUGCCCCUCCUUCGACCUCCACCACGCCGUCUCGCCCCUUGCUCUCCAAUGGACAGGCUCAUCCAAAUUCAUCUUCACCUCUACCAGUCAAUGAUGGCAUGCAUGGCACGCCGCCCACGUCCAGUCGAGCUGGACCUAGCAGGCUUGGAGGAAGUGCCAGCGGGAUCCCUCCUCAGACUCCACCACCCGUCGAGAACGAUCCCUUUGACGGAAGACAUUUCGUCAGGGCCAUUUUUGACUUUGCGGCGACUGAUCCAUCUGCACUGUCGUUCUGCGCGGGAGAUAUCAUCGAGGUCAUCACUCGGCUCGAGAGUGGAUGGUGGGAUGGAUUGUUGGGAAGAGAGAGAGGAUGGUUCCCUUCCAACUAUGUGCAAGGGAUGGACCCGAGGUCUAUAAUGGAUCAUGUAGAUUUGGUGGUGGAGGACGACGAAGAGGAGGAAGGUGAAGAGGUUCAGGCAUAUUCCCCCGUCGACUCGUUUGGAUCCGCUCAAGCUGGACCAUCCAGACAACGGAGAUCUGUCGACAGGCAGGUGUCUCGUCGUUCUCACAUGAGCUUAUCUACUACUGGAGACGACCUCGCGCUGAGAUCAUGGGACGAUGUCAACGACGAUUUCACAAGCAGUGUGGGUUUAGGGGAUCUAGCGAGAGAAGUGAUGGGACAAGGAGAGGACGACGACUUUGAAGCUGCAGCGGAUCACCAUCGUCGGCGGCGACUGGAUCCAUCGACAGUCGAGACAAAUGGACCAACAGACGAGUUUGCACUUGCCGCAAGGGACCGGCAAAGACGUCAACAGAUGGCUUGGGAAGGAGAAGGGACACCUAAAGCAGACGACUUUGAGCCUGGAGCAUGGGGUCGACAGAGACAAGAAACGACAGAUACAGUCAGAGAACUACAACGUGCCACCAUGGAAUCCCACACAAGUUCAGAAAAGAUGCAAGGGUCCAGUGGGGGGGGCAUGGACGCUUGGGUCCCUUCGAUGACUCCGGAUGGUCAGGUGUAUUACCACAAUGAGCUGACCGGCGAGGACGCUUGGGAAUUACCCACUCGCUUGCCAUCUGAAGGGUCAGAAACAUUUGAUGGAGGCGACGACGACGACGACUUUUUCAGCAGCUCGUUUGCAACGUCUGGAGCUGGUCCAUCUUCGGCGGCGGUCUACGCCAGUGCCAGGUUGGGCGGCGGCGGCUCGUUUGGCCUUGACAGACCUCCUGCUCCCUCUGGGGAGAUUGAGUCAUUUCAACCCCCACCUCGAUCACGCGAUCUCCCCGAGCCAUGGACAAUGCGCAUGACGGACGAUGGUAGAGGAUGGUAUUAUGUCGACACGGUCACUGGACACACUCGAAAAAAUCCCCCUUCACCCAUCAUGCGCGACACGUCUGAUCACAUGAACAGACUGAGUAUCGCUUCGAUCCCUCCUCCUCAAGCUCCUGCUCGCACGCUUCAACCUCGCCGAUCGCUCGACUUGAGACGCCGUCAAAUGGACGACUGGGCACGCCAGACUCGUGAAAGGGUGAGAGCACGUAUACCAAGACACACACCGCCAACCAUGGCGCAAAUGAUUGAAAACGUCAAUGAGAGUCUACGAGACGUUUUCGAAGCCUGCGUCGCUGGAUCUUCAGCCGAGGAAGAAGUCUCUCGGGCGGAUGACUUGGGAUCGGAAUCAGAUGUAGUCAUGGCUUUGGCGAGGGAAGAAGCGGCAGAAGCGUCUCUCAAGAUCGCCCACCUGUCGACGUUGGCCGCCAUACGAGAUCUGUUCGCUGCAUUCGGAUACGUUGGACCCUUGGAAGCGGACGCGGACAUGCCCAGGCCGAAAUGGGUCGGGGACAUGACAUUGAUAGGCAGCAUAGGUCUACUCUCGGCCAAUGUUCAUGCCGCCACCACUUCACACCGACUUUCCGAUUCAGGCACGACGACGUGGCAUGAAGUCAUGCGAUCAGCAUCAAAGCUGAACGAUGUCAUUGCCCUCUUUCCUGCUUCUGUCAGUCCUGGAACUACGGCCGCAGCUCAAGAUGCAGUCAAGGGCAAGAUCAGGGAGAUCACAUUGAGCACGGAUGGAUUCGGCUGGCCUUUCAGUGGGAGGUUUGGAUUCGGCAAGGUCAAGGAAGGCAAAGUCCUGCGAGCGUUGAAUGGCGCUACGGUGGAGGAGCUCGACAAGGUCAGACUCGCUCUAUCUGACUCUAUCGGCCGUGGAGAUCCAGUGAUCGAUCACGUGCGCCUGAUGUCGACGUUCCUGACACUGCUCUUGUCCGUGGAUGUGGCGUCUUCCAUCGAUACGGAUGGAGACGCGAGUGUAGGUGCGGAGGAGGCGAACGCAAAGGCGUACUCGGAGCUGGUCAGACGAGCUAGGAUAGCCCUUGGAGACUUGGAGUCGGUCGAAGACCGUCUCCACAGGUUCAUUGCUUCGGCCCUGACGAGUACCUCGAGUCCUCCUGAUCUGACCGCUCUGGCCACCGUAACCGAGGCCACCAUGGCCACUGUUCGAUCCCUUCUGGAUAUCUCCUCCAUCCAACGCAGCAUGAUCGAUCAGUCACUUGUCCUUGGACAAUUCGGGCAUCGGUCACCAUCCUACGUUCGUCCAGAGCUUUCUCCCCCAUCCCGCCUUGGCAAACUUACCAUCCCCAAACGCACUGCCCGAGGUUUAGAAGAGGAAUUUCUGGACGCUGGAGGUGAAUUCAACGAGGAGCUACGUGAUCAAGCUGGAGAGCUUGUGCCUUCUGCGAGUGGCUCUCAAGUCUCACUGCCUCGACGAGCCGUUCCGCAGCCUGGUCCAGGGGAGAUCUCCGCGACGAGCAGUACGACAUCGUUGACAUAUCAAAAGUCAGAUAGCGACACUGCGAGUCAAAAGGGUAAACGAAGUAGUCUGAUGAGGUUUAUGCGUGGUCGUUCUGGAAGCGAUGCAGAUGAGGGACGGCUCAACGCCAAGUCGCGACAGACGUCGAAGAAGCUUGCCAAAUUGCUCGGGGAAGACGUAUCGACCCUGGGUCACCCAUUACCGCCACCUCUCGCGCCACCCAUCCAACAGGUCCCCGAGACACCUUGGUAUCUUGGGAAUGACUAUGAAGCGUCCGAGCUCAUGUUUGACGACAAGGGUGGAGUCAGAGCGGGAUCAUUGAGGGCUCUCGUGGCGAGAUUGACACCUUAUGGCUCGACGGAUACCAGCUUCUUCCAAGCCUUCAUGCUCACUUUUCGAUCCUUCACCUCGUCUCAGGAACUGCUGGAUAGCCUUCUCCAGCGAUACUAUAUCGAGCCGCCCGCCGGCUUGACCUCGGUGGAACUGUCGGAUUGGACGAGACAGAAGCAGACUCCACUGCGCCUGAGAGUGUGUAACACCCUACGAGCAUGGCUUGACAAAUACUACGUCGACAAGCUUGACUCGCCGUUACUGGAUCGGAUUGAACAAUUCGCAGAGGAUGAAACGAGAAUGUUGGCUGCUCAACAGCUCAAGGGACUCGUCCAGCGUCGACGCCGAGGUGAAAUCGAGGUCCAACGCCGCAUCGUCUCCGGGGCCCUGCUCUCGCCACCUGCUCCUCUGAUCCCUCGCGUGCCGGCCGGUCGGGAAAUGAAUGUCCUCGACGUCGCUCCAUUGGAGCUCGCGCGUCAAUUGACCAUUCUCGAAUCUGGUUUCUUCCAACGUGUUCAACCUGCCGAGUGUCUGAACAAAUCAUGGAAUGGUCCGGAUGGAGACAAGCACGCGCCCAAUGUUCGGGGCGUCAUCAAGACUGCCAAUAUCCUGUCCGGAUGGGUCGGCACGACCUGCUUGAGCAGUCGUGAUGCGAAACAUCGAGCGAGGAUCAUGAAGCAUUUCGUCCAGACGGCUAUCGAAUUACGCAAUUUGAACAACUUUUCAUCCAUGGCUGCUGUGGCUGCUGGACUCAACACGGCCCCUGUGCUCCGUCUCAAGCGUUCUUGGGAACUGUGCAGUCCAAAGACUCAAGCUCAAAAGGCCGAAGUGGACAAGACGUUGGACUCGACCAAGAACUUUUCAAACUACAAGGAUAUGCUCAAGACGAUCAAUCCGCCGUGUGUCCCGUUCUUUGGCUUCUGGCUCUCUGCCCUGACGUUUAUCGAAGAUGGCAAUAAAGACUUUAUACCUGCUGCGACUGGUGAACCUGUCCAACCUGGAUCAGGCAUGAGUCAUUCCACAUCCUCUUCAUCGCUCAACACUUCGGCCCGAACGCCUGUGUCUGCGCCGACGCCUCUGUCUGCGUUUACUCCGAGCACGAGUACAAGCACCACCACCGCCAGUACCGCCGCUGCCGACGGAAAUCAACCACUAUUGAUCAAUUUUUUUAAACGGUCCCUCGCCGCAGAGAUCCUGAGAGAUAUCCAACAGUAUCAAUCUCAACCGUACAACCUUGCGAAAUCAAGAAUGGUCUACGAUUGGUUGAUGAAGCAGUUGGAAUAUUGUGAUAGGACGUAUGACCUCGACAAGAUGUACAACUUGAGUUUACAGUUGGAACCGAGGGAGAGGGAGGAGGAGAGGAUUACGAGAAUGUUGCAUGAUUCGGGCUUCAUCUGA